AUGUCUACUUUCAUCUUUUCCAUUCUUUACUUCUCUGCACUCGUAGUAGCGGGUAACUCUACAUUCUUCAACCUCAACUCGGCCUUCGCUCUCCUCGGCACCGACCUGCCCGCUGAAACUCUCGACUUGCCCGUAGGGACAUGCAAUGCUGAUACACCCAAGGGCAACAGUGUUGAGGCUCGCUCCAUUGGCUACUAUGAGUCGUGGGCCAACACUCGUCCCUGCAGCAAGGUCUCCCCCGAGGACCUGAAUCUCGACGGUCUAACGCACAUCAACUUUGCAUUUGUGUUUUUUGACCCGAAUACAUUCCAGAUUGUACCCAUGGAUAAGAAUGCAGGGUCGCUGCUUAGUCGCUUCACAAAGCUGAAGGAAAAGAAGCCUGGUUUGGAGGCCUGGGUUAGUGUUGGUGGAUGGUCUUUCAAUGACCCCGGGCCAUACCAAAAGGCUUUCAGCGACAUGGCGAGUACGCCGGAGAAUCGGAAAAUAUUCAUUGACGGCCUUCUGGCCUUCAUGGAUGAGUAUGGCUUUGACGGGAUGGACAUGGACUGGGAGUACCCGACAGCUGAUGAUCGCGGAGGACGCGCUGAGGACCGCGCCAAUCUGGUGCUGCUCUGCCAAGACAUAUACGACGCAUUUUCAGGCUCGUACGGCUUCUCUAUCACGCUGCCCGCAUCGUAUUGGUAUUUGCAACAUUUCGACAUUGAGGGCAUUCAGCCAUACGUUGAUUGGUUCAACUUAAUGUCUUACGAUCUUCAUGGCGUCUGGGACAAGGCGUCGAAAGAGAUCGGCCCCUACAUUGCGCCUCACACUAAUCUCACGGAGAUCGACAUGGCCCUCGAUUUGCUGUGGCGUGGUGGAUUGAAGCCCGAGAACCUCGUUUUGGGACAGGGCUUCUACGGUCGUUCGUUUACGCUUGAAGAUCCUGACUGCAACAAGCCUAACGGCGUAUGCAAAUUCUCCGAUGGCGCCAAGGAGGGGCCCUGCUCGAGGGCUUCUGGGAUCCUGACCCUGCAAGAGAUCAUGGAUAUCAUCAAAGACAAAAGUCUCACCCCUGUCCACGACAAGAAGGCUGGAGUCAAAUGGAUUCACUGGGAUAAGGACCAGUGGGUCUCAUACGAUGAUGGCGAGACUCUUCAGCAGAAGGUAGACUUUGCCAACUCAAGAUGUCUCGGCGGUGUGAUGGUCUGGGCGCUCGAUCAAGUUGACCAGAAUGCCAACAGCCUUCUCAAUCCAGAUGGUCUGACGGAAGAGGAAGUUCUUGAGGCGGAAAUAAUCUACCAAGACGAAGCCGCCCGGGGACUGUGCUAUACGACGAAGUGCGGAGACAAAUGCCGGGACGGCGACCACUUAGCGGCGCAAGCAAAUGGUCAACCGGGACAGUACUCUACCGAAGUGCGAUGCCCGAAAGAUCAGGUGCGGAGCAUCUGCUGCAACAAAGGUGUUACUAUGGGGACAUGUCGCUGGAGAGGUUAUCGUGGCCUUGGUCUAUCCUGUUUCGGGGGCUGCGCCGAUGAUGAGGUGGACAUCACACAAAAUACCAAUCACAAGACCGACAAGGAAGAUCAGAGCUGUUCUGGAGGCACUCAGAGCUUUUGUUGCAAGGGUUUCAAGGGCCCGGUGUCGAAGCAACAGGUCCAAGAAAAGUUGGAAGACUCGGCGGCGGACCUGGCCCGAGAGGCCGCUGAAGCCUUAGCUAUCGAAGUGGCUGCAAAAGCCUUCUGCCGCAUUGCAAUUGCAGCAGCAACAGCACCAUUGAGGUUCAUUCCCAUCGUUGGCAUAUUCAUCUCCAUUGCCCUGCAAGCGGCUAUGCCAGCACUGGUACAAGUUUGUGCCAAGGGCAUUGCGAAAGCGGGCAAAACAGCGUUCAAGUUCAACGGCAAGAACUAUGAUGUGAAGCUGGACAAGCCGCUGGAAACUAAAGUAGACCGACCCAAACGCAAUGAGCCAACUCAAGUGCCGAAGAAGCCCAACAACUGCAAGAAGAAGAAAUUCCAGCGCGCCCCAGCCGGCGGGGAUAAGAAGACGAUCACGAAAGAUGGCAAGCUUGACACCGAGACCGUCACCCGCACGUGUGACGGCAGCCUAUACACCCAGGCUUGCUACCACUACAGCUCUGUUCUUCGCUACAAUCCUGCCCUCAAGCAGAUACCCUGCGUCAGCAAAAAGAACUACGACAGCAAUGGAAAGAGUAUCAAGAAUAAAGAGGCGCCGCGGCCUCUUGUGCGCAGCUAUAACAACCAACACCACACAAGUUGGAGUUCCGGCUGGAUGCAAGAGUUUGAUCUUCAGUGCCAGCGGGAUGAGUACCCGCCCGCAGACAUCUGGCAGGCUCGUGACAGUCGGACCUGGAUUCGUCUCAUUCGCAACACCGAGAACGGAGGAGCGGGUCAGAUCUGGAAGGGCGUGUGUCCACCAGAUAUGGUGAAGAAGGAACACGGAGCGCGGUCCAUAUCAGAAGAGGUCAUCGGCUGUCGCACGACGACCGUCUAUGAGGUUACGGCUGAUGCCACGCAGACCGUCUUCGAGAUGGACUUCACCAACAUGGGGGGCAUGCCAGGUGACUACGGUGUCACGGAGAACCCGUGCUGGCCCAAGACCCUGGUGAACGAUCCCGGUUUUGCCCUGCUGACUGACGAUCCAUGGUACGACCGUGUGACCGGCCGUGACACGAACGGGGCGCUCCGGAAAGCUUAUGCCAAAGCGCCGGAACCCAACGUCAUCGCCGGUAAGGUGAGCCAGGCCAGCUGGGGCUACACAUCGCGCAAGCGCAAGCGCGUCAGGAAGCGCAACAGUGAGACCGGCGACCUCAACUUCGUCAUCGACGAGAAUGCGCUGGCCCGCGGUAAUGAGCCGGGCCCUGACGACCUUCGCGUUGAUGAGGGAAAUAGCACGCGGCGGCCGACCGAGGAGGAGCUCCUUGAGCACUUUGGCUAUCUCGCUUGCAAAGACAAGUCGUGUAGUCACGAAAUGGAGGAGCUGGGUUAUGCGUCUCUGCCAUAUGCGCAGGUCACAGCUCGGGCUGCCGAACAGGUGGAGGCCGCGGCCACGGCGACCGCCGAUGAUGAUGCCGAAUCGCCGCGACAGACCGCGUUCGGCAGCGGGGACCCGCGCGAGACGGAGUGGGUCGCCGACGCGCUGGCGACGGCGACGGAGGUGGCGGCCGAAGCGGCGGCGCUUAUCACUCCUGCGCCCGGCCCCGCUGUUGUAGACAAACUGAUGUGA